AUGUCGGGCGAAGGGGAACGAGCGUCCCGGCCGAAUUCCCUCCUGCUGGAAACACCUCCCCCAGAGCGUGAACCGCUGCGUUUCGAUGUGCAGCUAGUUGGAGCACCGCCGGAAGUCGAACAACUGGUCAAUAACAUCAAACAAGUUGCCGAGGACUUCCUCUAUCAUUGGAAAACUUUUCCAAUAGUUCUUCCACGCUCUCAAUUUACUGGCACCGGCUGUAAACCUUCAGACAUCAUUAUAGCACCGCCUUGCGAUGAGCUUGAUGCAGCUGCUUUGGACGCCGGCGUGGAGCCACAACCACUCUCUCCAAAACAACUACACUCCAUCAGGGAAAAGGGCGAGUUCGAGGUACCGUCGCGCCAUUUCCCCGGCCAGUGUCACGUGUGGCGCGUGGCAGGGUGGCUGCAGCGUGGCAGGGCGCGCGCCAGGGAGGAGCUGUACUGCCACGUGGCAAGGGCCGUCGCGCUGCUCGUGGUCGUGGCAAGGGAUCGGCUGACGAGGGACGAGCCGUUGUCCGUGAUAGCCGGAGGAAAGGCACUCUUAAGGGGCUUGCACAGACUAUUAGACGUACUAAUCGGGAUGCCUUCGCUGGAGGCACGGGACCUCGAGAAGAAAAUCCGCGAAGAGAGGUCCAGGUAUCUGGUUGCGGAGCUCAUCUGUAAGCCGGAGCAGCGCGAGGACAUCGCCGCGCUGGCCGCGUGGGUGGGGCGCGCGAUGCGGCGCGCGGCGAGCGAGAAGCGCGACGUGCGCGCGGCAGUGCGCGGCGCGCCGCCCGUGCCGUGCGCGUACGGCACGCCGCAGCGCACGCGCGUCGACCUGCGGCUGCACCGGCGCGAGCUGCUGCGCCGCGCGGCCGCGCCGCUGCAGCGCAUCCUGGAGCGCGAGUCGCGCGGCUGGUUCCUGCACUUCCGCGAGCGGCGCGCCGCGCACCUCGCCGGACAGAAGGUGCCCCUGAGGGACAUCGAGGAGGAGGUGCGCGCGGCGGCGAUGCGCGAGUACGUGUCGCGCGUGUGCAACGCCGUCAUGGAGAGCGAGCCGCUGCGGGCGCUGGGCCCCGGCGUGCCGGAGCUACUCGCCGACCAGCUGCGCGCCUCCGUGCUGCUCGACAGGGCGAAGGAGGGGGUGCGUCGCAAAAUGGAGGCGGGUCUGGCGACGGCGGAGGCGCGCAUCAGGGCCGCCCACCCGGUGCUGGCGCGCGGGGCCGCGUGGCGGCGCGAGCGGCUCGCGGCGGCCGCGCGCCGUCUGCAGGCGGAGCUGAGCUGGGCGCCCCUGGAGGACGCGGCGGCGGCGAUGCAGGCGCAGAAGCUGCACCAGCACCGCUACUUCCUGCUGCGCGACCUCGCCUUCCUGCGCGACCGCGAGCCCCUGCUGCUGAAGGAGCUGCGCGCUGCGCAGACGCCGACGCGCGAGUUCUCGUGGGCGACGCGCAUCUGGUCGGCGCGCAACUGGACCGUGGUGCGGCACUUCCGCGGGCGCAGCGAGCGCGUGCCCACGGUGCUGAGCGCGCGCGCCACCUCGAUAGUGACGCCGCGCUCGGACCCCUCGCAGCCGGUGUUCCUGCUGCGGCGCGAGCGCACGCGCGCCACGCACACGCGCUGGCCCGCCUGGCGGCUGCUCAACCUGGCGCACAGGACCUGGUGCUGGAGCUGGAACAUGAUGUUUCUGCUGGGCGUUAUGGUGCCCUGGUACUCGCCGAUCUCUCUGCGCACUUUGCUGCAGGUCAAGCCGUUCGUCACCGACUACGAGCUCUCGCAGGUGAACGGUACGCUGUUCCCGAAGCGAAGCAGCGAGACGCACACGAUGUGGUCGCGGCUGCUGCAGCUCUGGCGGCACGUGUCUAAGGAGCGGACGCGGUUCGAGACCGAGCCGGACACGGGGCUGCUGGGCAAGGGGCUGAGCAGGAUGGCGAACCGGCUGUGGAACUACGGCGCGGUGGGCGGGCUGGGCUCGCUGGCGCUCCUGCUGCUGUUCCCGCUGUGCGCGCUGGCCGGCUGCGCGCUGGCGCUGGCCGCCGCGACGGCCGUGCCGCUCUGGGCGCCCGCGCUGGCGCUCGCCAUGCACGCCGCCAACGCGCUGCUCUACGACCUCGACUGCCCGCGCCCGCACCUCAAUAGAUUCCUGGUGUUAUUCGAAAUACUGAUUUGGCACAUUGGCAUACUGGGCAUUCUGCAGCCGAUAGUUGCGCUUCUUGUGGCAGUGCUGCUUUGUCCCCUUUGUGCUCUGAUCAUGCUUGUUGGCGGCGUGAGCUGGUGGGCGGGGCGCGGCGUGUGGGAGGCGUGCGCGUGGCGCGCGGUGAUCGUGCGCGCCGCCCGGGUGCCGGCGCACGACUCGGCCUUCUGCCGCCGCGUCGCCGGGCCCGGCCUGCACUCGCGCGCCUCCUACCAGAUUACGGCGGCGCAGGCGCUGGCCGCGGUGUGCGCGCGCGCCGAGCUCGAGGCGCUGUCGGAGUGGGGGAGCGAGAUGGAGAAUAUGAUCGAGCGCCCCCUCAGGGACUACGCGCACUUCGUGGACGCCUGCUUCGGGCCCUUCUCCGUGCAGAUCGCUAAGACCGGCGCUUAUAAGCAGUUGGAGAAGGAGUGCGGCGAGCUAGUGAUGUCGGUGCGCGAGAAGCUGGCGGCGAGGAGGCGGGAGCUGGCGCUGGGGUUGGCCGACGGGGCGAGGGCGCGCGUGCGGAUGGCCGCGCCCGACCUGAGGAAAGCGGUGCAGGCAUGCGCCCACGAGCUGUCGAGGCAGUGGGCGGGAAAGGGCGACGAGUGGUGGAGCGCGAGGGGCCUCGAGCCGGGCGACUGGCACGCUCUCGCCGCCAACACACUAGUCGAGGUGUUCGACGCGGAGAUCCUGGUGGCGCUGGGCGAGGGCGAGGCGCGGCUGCCGCUGGAGAGCGGCGAGGGGGCGCGCGCGUGGGCGACGCGCUGCGGCCGCGACCACGCCCCGCCCGACGUGCUCGCCGAGCGCGACGACUGGCGCCACACCGGCGGGAGCGGCGCCGGCAUGUGGGGCGAGUGGGGCGGCACGCCCGCGCCGCGCGUCCCGCCGCCCACUCUGGACGUGGGCGCGUUCAACCCGCGCGCGCCGCCGCAGCCGCCGGUGCCGCACCCGGCCACCGUGGCGCUGGUGCUGCACAACAGGGAAUCUGAUAAUCCUGUGCCUUUGGACUCGGAACUGUGCGCCGAAAUACUUCGCAUUUUGGAGGAUGCACCGGACAGCGAGGAGAGACGCGAGGGCGUGGAGCGGUACCGCGGCGGCGGCAGCUCGGCGAGCAGUACGGCGAGCAGCUCGGGCUCCCCCGAAGAGGAGACUCCGCCCCGGGAGCCCCGCGACGCCGACACCAGCCUCUGCAGAAUAUCGCCCAGCACGGAGAGAGCCGCGUGCAGGUGGACUCUGACCGGCCGCGGGGUCCGUCUUAGAGCGGACCUCGCCAGCCCCGAAGACGUCACACUGGACACCGACCGACACGUCGGCACCUCAGUA